CCCCCCCCCCCCCACUUCCCCCACUCCACGCACACACACGCGCGCGCGCGCGCACGCACAUAUUACCCCCCCCCCUUUCUUCCCAACACACAACAGGGGGCGGCCAUGUCCACGACCGCUGAAGGGCCUUCGAGCGAGCCGACGUGCAUGUCGCGGGUGCAAGGCCCCGUGCAAGCGGUGUUGCGGCCUGGGCAGUGGUGCUUUGGCGUGCGGGCCAUUCGGCAAGGCAGCGAGCAGUGGCGCGCCUCUUGCUCCGUAGAUGCGCUGGUACAGGCGCUCAAGACCGCGGUGGCAGACUUCCAGGAAGGGCGACCAGAGUCCGGACUCACCAACACGCGCAAGGUGCGCAUCGCCAAGGCCAUCAGCAAUGACACGCGCGGCUUUGUUCGCAUCGAGAACUACACACAAACAUCAGAGUGGCUGGACGUGGUGGAGGUGCACAUCAAGCCCGUGGCAGCGGAUGCAAACGCGUGCACGGCAUUUGUCAAGUCCUUCAGCUCCGGUUUCUUGCCUACCUGCAUCCCGUGUGCCCCUCUCCUCAACAUGGCCUUGUUCUGGAUUCCCUUUUCCGACUUUACAGACAAGGGUUCCCUGAACAAAGUACGCAUCGAGGAGCUGCGCACCAAGCUGUCUGCCUCCAUCACCGUCAGUGUCGAAACCCAGUAAUGGGUGAUGAUGAUGGGACAGGACACCCUGCCCUCCAGCCAUUCCCUGUUUGUUGUCGCUGACCCAUGUUUCAUGUGGGCAUUUGUUACCAUCUGCACGCACACACACACACACACAUGCACACAUGCGCGCACACACACAUAUGCACACACGCGCGCACGUGCACUCUCUCUCAUGUGCACUCGCCUUGCUCCACACUCUCGUGCACGCCGGCAUAGUUCUUUGUUGCUUGUACAACGAAUACAAGAAAGAGACUGUCCGCAUGAACAUCCGUGCCAACCAAACCAAA